UUCUUAGAUCUCUGCAAAUUCUCCACACUUCCCUCACCUUUCUCUUUCUAUAGUUCUCUCUCUCUCGUCUCCGAAACAAUCAACACAAACCCAAUACUGUCGCCAUUAAUGGACCCAAAACUCCAACACCCACUUCACCAAAUCGCUCAAACUCCAACCCACAAACUCCUCCUCAAACAAUGGCUAAAAGAACAGGACUUAAUCCUUGAUCGAAUUUCCCUGAAAGAAUCACAAAUCGACGGCGUACGAAAAGAAAUCACUAACCUUUACACAAUCUUCUUCCUCUUUCACUCCCUUUCUCUCCUCCUCCUCUUCAACAUCUCCUCCACAAACUCAACUGCUUGUAAAAAAUCAUGGGUCCCAUCUCUUUGCUCCUUGUUUUUUUCCAUGGCGGUCAUAUGGGCGGUUCGGUAUAAGACCGACGUCGAAACCCAUCUUGAGAAGCUUCUGGAGAGGGAGAAAGAGGAUUGGAAGUUGUUGGGUAAGUGUGUGGAGGAACUGAAGAAGAAAGGGAUUGAAUUUGAUUUGUUGAAGGAAGUCGAUGCGCUUCGAAGGGCCAAAAGUAUGAGGAUUGAGGGUAAAGCUGUAAGGAAAUGGUCUGCUAGAGAUUUUGUUACUCUGUUUUUCUUUGCUCUUUCUUGCAUUGUUUUGGGUCUUACUAGGAUCAUCUUGUGUAGCUAGAAAUAUAUUUAAAAAAUAGUUAUGGAUGGUUAUUUGUUUGUAUUUUUCAUUCUUGUUAGGAAUAUUUUUGUUAUCGUUUUAUUAUAUGGAGUAAGAUUAAGUGCAGAACAAUCUGUUCUGCUUCGCGUCAUUUGGUGAACCCAGAAUUGUAUCGGUUACAAGAAUAACAUGAUUACUUUUGUUACCAUCAUCUA